AAGAGCAUGCCUGGCUCGGCGCUUUGACCCGCCUCUCGGCUCCUCCUCUGAACAACUAAGUUUCUGUUUCCCCAGCUUUCGCUUGUCACCGUGACCCGUGGUGGAGGCAGGAUGGCAUCACCCAGCUCGAAGAAGCUGGAGGAGAAGCUAGUGUGCUCCAUCUGCCUGGAGCUUUUCAGGGUGCCUGUGACCUUGCCGUGUGGGCACAACUUCUGCAAGCUCUGCAUCAGCAACCACUGGCAAAAGCAAGCGCAGGAGCCCGCCUGGGCAGAGAGCGGCUACACGUGCCCCGAGUGCCGCAGGGGCUUCAACCAGCGGCCAGAGCUGGAGAAGAACGUCACCCUGUGCAGCGUGGUGGAGCUGGCACGGGAUGGCGUGGCGUGGGUCUUGGGCACAGAGAGGUGUGAGGUGGCCCGCGGCGAGCUGUGCCCACAGCAUGGGCGCCUGCUGGAGCUGUAUUGCAAGGAUGAGCAGCGGUGUAUCUGCUGUGUCUGCACGGUGUGGCAGUGCCAGCGGCACCAGCGGGUGCUCUUUGAGGAGGAGCGCUCAAAACAGCAGGCUCUUUUGAAAGAGUCCAUGGAAAAAGCCCAGAAGGAAUCAGAGAAGAUCAAGGAGGUGAUGAAGGAGCUGGAGGAGCAAACACUCAGCAUCAAGGACUCUUCCGAGGGUCUCAAAUUGGUGAUUCUGAGCAAAUUUGCCCUCCUGAAGAAAGCCCUGGAGAAUUGCCAGUGGCAGACAGUGGCCAAGAUCGAGCAAGAGCAGGCCGUGGCACUGGGACGUAUGAGGGAGGACUGGAACCGCCUGAAGGACCGCCUGGACACUCUCAGCCAGCACAGGGAGAGGGCUCAGCAACUCCUGGGCUGCCCUGACAACAGGACCUUCCUCCAGGAGUUCCCCCUGCUCUCAUCUCUGGAGAGCCCAGAGGCGCUGCUCCCAAUGGAGUUUGAUGUGGCUGGCAUGGUCAAGCCCAUCACUGAGAUCCUCAACAACAUCUCCAGGCUUCUGCUGGAGGACCUGCCCAGCUCUGUGGCCCCCGAAGCCCUUGACCCUGUUGUCCAAGGCCCAGUGCAUCCCCAGGAAAUGGUGGUGAAGGUGGCAGCCCACCUCCCUGAUUGCCAGUUCCGAGCUGAGCUUCUGAAGGACCACCGCAACCUGACCUUUGAUCCCAAGACGGCCAACAAGUACCUGGAGCUGUCAAAAGGUAACCGGAAAGCCAAGCACAGCCCCGGCACCAUCUGUAGGCGGCAGGAGCAGGGACCCUGCUUCGAGCCCUGGCAGGUGCUGUGCAUGCAGGGCUACAGCCAUGGCCACCACUACUGGGAGGUGAAGAUCUCCAACCACUCCGUUGUCCUGGGGGUGACCUAUCGCAGCCUCCCCCAGGAGCGGAAGCAGGGACACAAGUUCAACAUUGGUCUGGAUGGGGGCUCCUGGGGGCUGCAGGUGCGGGAGGACUGCUACCUGGCCUGGCACAAGGGCCGGCCGGAGAAAAUCCAGGAACAGCUGUGUAGGAACCUGGGGGUCAGCCUGGAUUAUGAUAAGGGGCUCCUCUCCUUUUACGGGCUUGGGGAAAGGACAUGGCUUAUCCACUCCUUCCAUGAUGUCUUCACCGAGCCCCUCUAUCCCGUGUUUUGGCUGUGCGAGGGGCGAGCAGUGGAGCUGUGCUGGAGGGUCCCGGGGGUAGGGGGGUCAGGAUCCCCGGGAGGCAGCCGACCCCCGGCAACUGCGGAGAGCGGAGCGGCGGCAGCGGGUAGGCGGAGCGGGCGGGCGGGCGGGGCGCGGCAGCCACCCGCCUUCCUCCGGGCCCGGGGGCUGGGGCGGGCGGCGGGGCUGCCUGGUGUUGGGCGCUCAGAGAUGGAGACCGCGGCCGGGAGCGCCCCGCCGUUCUCCGCUGCGGCGCUGCGGCUGGCGCUGGGGGCUCCGGGGCUGCCCGACGGCCCGUUCGGCUGCCCCAUCUGCCUCGAUCUUCUGAAGGACCCGGUGACUGUGCCGUGUGGGCACAACUUCUGCCAGCGCUGUCUGGGGGCGCUCCGCCAGCGGGCGGGCCCCCCCGACGGCAGCGGCGGGGCGGGCGGGGCUGUCCGCUGCCCGCUCUGCCAGGAGCCCGUCCCCGCAGCCUUGCGGCUCCGCAAGAACCGCGCCCUCUGUGAGGUACUGCCGCUGCUGGCGGCCGCUGCAGGCGGCUCGUCCCCGCCGUCGCCAGCCGCCGGGUCCUCGAUGGCACCGGGAGCCGAGGAGCAGGAUGCGGCGGCGGAGGAAGGAGCGGCAGUGCUGUGCGACGUGUGCCCAGCGGGGUCGCGGGCUGCGGCGGCGCGGUCCUGCCUGGUCUGCCUGGCCUCCUUCUGUGAGGUCCACCUCGAGCCCCACCGGCGCGCCGGCGCCUUCCGCGCACAUCGCCUGGUGGCCCCGCUGCGGCGGCUGGAGGAGGGGCUCUGCCCCCGCCACCUCCAGCCCCUCGACGGCUUCUGCCGCGCCGAGCAGGCCUGCGUGUGCGCUCGCUGCCGCGCCCACGAUCACCGCGGCCACGAAGUGGUGCCCCUCGAGCGGGAGCGCGAGCACAAGGAGGCCCAACAAGCCAAAGUCCUCAGCGAUGCUGAGAACGAGCUGGAGGAGCUGGCAGUCACCAUUGCACAGGCCAAGAAGAUGGUGGAGCUCAUUAAGGGUGCUGCCAUGAAGGAGAGGGAGAGAGUUGAGAAGCUCUUUGCAGAAGCCUCUGAGGUCCUGGCAGCCUUCCAGAAGGAAGUGACCAGUUUCAUCGAGGAAGGGGAGCGCUCCAUGCUGGGGGAAGCUGAGGCUGAUCUGCGCUGGAAGGAGGAGAGACGAGCCAAGCUGGUCCAGUGCAAGCAAAACCUGGAGAAUGUCCCCAGCACUGACACCAUCUACUUCCUCCAGGAAUUUCAGGCCUUAAAAGUUGCCAUGGAAGAAAACCUCUCACCAGCUCUGAGCAUCCCGAACGAGCUGAACUUCACCAAAUGCACCCAAGCCGUGAGUGCUGUGAAGGAUGUGCUGUCUGCUACCUGCAAAAAACAGUGGGACCACUUGCAGGGGAAAGGGAUUGAUGAGCAGAGUUACCAGGAGAUAGAGGAAGUGUUGGCUGUGUCCAGAUUACCAGAGAAGUUGAACAGGCCUGCCUGCCAGGAGAGCCGUGAUUACUUCCUGAAAUUUGCCUUCAUCAUUGACCUGGACAGUGACACAGCUGACAAGUUUAUCCAUCUGUUUGGCACCAAAGGGGCCAAGCGGGUGCUGUGCCCCAUCCCUUACCCGGAAAGCCCGACCCGAUUCAUCAACUGUGAGCAGGUGCUGGGUUUGAAUCUCAUGAAUCGGGGCAACUACUACUGGGAGGUGGAGCUCAUCGAUGGCUGGGUCAGCAUUGGUGUCAUUGCUGAGGACUUUGACCCCCGUGAGUCCUACACCCGUGGCCGCCUGGGGCGAAAUGAGAAGUCCUGCUGCCUACAGUGGAACGGACAGAAUUAUGUGGUCUGGUUUGGGGGCUUUGAGUCCGUCAUUCAGCAGCCAUUUUUCCAGACAAUUGGGGUCUUCCUGGAGUAUUCAGAGAAGGCCCUCACCUUCUAUGGAGUCAAGGACUCCAAGAUGACCUGCCUGCAGCAGCUCAAGGUCUCCCCUUUUGCCAAGGGUAUAUUUGACCCAUUCCAGAACAAGAUCAAUCACCAAUUUGCCUCUCUUUUCUUGUGCAAGCUGAAGCCAGCCUUCUUCCUGGAGAGCGUCGAUGCCCACCUGCAGAUUGGGCCACUGAAGAAAGACUGUGUUUCAGUGCUAAAGCGUAGGUAACUGCUCAGAGAGUGGGAGCAUGGGAGGACUCAGAAAAGUCUCUCUUGCAUUGUAUUGCCACCAUCACGGCUUCUCUUUGGUAGUGUUGUAUAUCUCUGUCACAGCCAUCCUUGUUCUGUGCUGCCUGUGUCCCAGGAUGCAUGCAGCUAUCUGGUGGGCAGAGCCAUGGGCUAGGAGCCAGGGGGGAGCUAGAUCCAAGUGCCAGCUGUGCCCCUGGGCUGCUGAGCAAACUUGGACGAGUCUCUGCUACUCCCUGCCCCUCAGUUUCCCUUUCAGGGACUGCGAUACAGCCUUUCUUAGUAAAGUGCAUUGCUUAGGGGAAGUGCCACAUCGGUUUGAAGCUGUGUGUUGUCCAGCUUCCAGGCUGUCCAGUCCCUCUCCUUUAAUAUCUGCUAACACUGCUCUGAUGACUUGUAUAGUUGCUCCGUACUGUGCCUUACUUUGGUCACUGUGUUGCUGCUGGUUUUUUGAAGGACUGGCUCAUCAACACCUUCCACAUGUUCCUUAUAAAGUGCCUUUGAAGUAGCAAGCCCUGCAUGGACCGGGCGAGCCCCCAGAGCAGAUGCAGUCACUCCCCUGGUGCCUGCAUCACUGUUGUGCCUUGGUGUGGGUGACCAGGGUGCUCCUGGCGGGUGGGAUGCAGAGGAGGAUGGCUGGGACUACGCUGCAGUGAUGCAGUACCUCUCCUUGCAGGGCUGGGCACCCAUUAGUGCUGCAGACAUGAAACUAGGAUCUUUGCCUUCCCUCACACCAGAGCCAGGGGGUACUUUGGUCUAUAGCCAGGUUAAUUUGGGAAAAGCUGUGGGCCUGCAUGUAUUGGAGCCCCAUGGCUGUGGGGCUGUUCCCCACAGCAGCCAAAAAUCCCAGCUGGGAAUUGGGAGAAACAUUUUGCCAAGGAGCAGCAGCACUGUUGCUUGCCUUGAGAUGGUGAAGUGAGCAGCAUGGAACACUUUUGAGGAUGUGCUUUUAGUAAACAUGUUCCUUGGGAACUGCUUACCAAAGCUUCACAGCCUAAUUUUCCCCCAACAUUUCUGAUAACACUACUAUUUUAAGGGAUUUUUACACUGUUUAACCCCCAACUCUUAAAGUACCCUGGGCAUUUUUUUACAGCUGCAUUUACUUGAGCUGUAAAUGCACCUCUUAGCUUAGGGAGUUUUUUAAGUGGCAAAGAGGUCCUCUAUGGCCUGUUCUAGGAAUGGCUGUGAGCACAUGGAUUAAAGAUACAGCAUCAAUCAGUUAUUAAAUGAUACUUUAGACUCUGGUAAUAAGUAACAAUUAACAAAAACUACUCUCAAGCAAGUUUCCUCUCUGGGAAGGGUGGAAACUCAAGGCUGAGAGCCAAAAAUGCCAGUUCACAUGUCCUGAGGUAGCUUUUGCAGACGGAAAAUACAGAAAUACUGCCUCUGAGGGCAGCACACUGCAGCCCCUGUCUCAGCACAGUGCGCCCUUCCACAAGCUUAUCUUUUCUAGGAUUAGUUUGCUACCUACCUCCUUGCUUUACAGAAUCAUACUGCUGUUUAAUAGGCACCUAGAGAGAGAAUAUUUUGGGUCAGGUUCUUUGAUGGUAUGAGUGGGUUGGUGAUGGCACAUCAAUGGUCAAAAGGGAUAAAAAAUGGCCCAUUUAGCUAAAUAUAUGAAAUAUAUAUAUAUUCUGUAAAAGAUAAGCUGGAAAUCGUAGUAGUGUAUUCAAGAAGAGCCAAGGGAAAAAAGUGAACACGAAUAAAAAGGCAACCACAAAGCUGAGAGGUUUAAAAUUAAAGCCAUGUAGAUAAACACUAAGGCUUAAAGAGCUGCUUAAUUGUAACUUGUUUGCCAGUGCUGCCAAUUCCUGUUGGCACAGGAAGAGGUGCUGGUUGCCUGCAUAUGGCCACUGCUGUGGGCUCUUCUUCUGGGGACCGAAGGGUCUAAAUGCAGCUGCCCCCGACUUGGGGCAGGGCAGGUGAGCUGGUCUGGGAGGGGGGCUGCUGGGAUAUGUCUGCAAAUCCCUCCUCUUUGUUCUCCGCAUGUGGCAUCUCCUAAAAUGCUGCAGAUGGUGAGAAAAGGAGAGGAAGGGCUUCCAGAGUGUGAUCUUGGCCUUUCUUGGUCAGUGGGAAUGCUGCCCAGGCUUCUGUCCCGAUGGGAAUUCACUCUGUGUGUCCUGAGCUCCUACCUCAAAACCGCUUUGUUUGGCUUAUGCCAGGCACUCUCCUGCAAAUCUCAGCCUUUGCAUGAGAUGUCAGCAGUGAUACUGUGCAGGUGGCACUGCUGUUAUUGGCAAUACUGGAGAGGACUUGGUAUCAGAAAUGCCUUACCAGGUAAGAAGGGUGGAGGCAUGCAACUCCCAAGAGGAGGAAGAAGAAGGUAAUCUUGAUCUCUGCUGCAUGUCUGCAGGAAGAGAUUUCGCAUGGAGGCUAACAUCUAGACCCUAAAUCUUCUUCAUUCAGGCAAAACUCCCACCAUUUGCAGAGAGGAGUUUUGCCAGAGUAAAUACAGCAGUUCUGGGCCUUUGCCCCGUUUCGUUUUGCCUUAGGCAGAUUGACAGCUCUGUGGGGAAAUCCAUGCAUAAGUCACGCAUCCCUCCCUUCUCUGUGUUGCCCAAUGCACAGACACGAGUCUCUGAACUCCUUCAGGGUAUGGGAUGGUUUGGAGGGAUCCCAUGUCUUUUCCUUUCCACCCUGUAACCACAUGGGAGCAGGUCAGGAGGACACAUUUGGUGUUUGGGCUUUGCUUCUGAUUGUGAUGCUGCUUUUACUUAAUUCACCUCUGCCCCAAGAGCUGGGAUGCUGAUAUGCAGCUUGGGGAGGGGGCUCUGAGUGCUCCUGCAGAUAGAGUGCAGUUGGGAAGUGCUACCCAACCGUCUCCUUCCUGCUGCUUGCUUUUACCCUGGUUGGAAGCACUGUAAAUCCUCGUGGUUUAACACAUAAAGCAAAUCCUGCCUGAUGUAAGACAGGGGCAACACCCCAGGGUGUUGGACCAGAGUUUGCUGUGUUGCCUAUAAUAUGGGGUGUAAACUGGAAUGAUUAGGAAAUGUAAGCUAUCCCAGCUCUGGGUCCAUGAUUUUGCUGCAAACAAAGGGCUAAAUGUGGUGUAUGAUUACUUCAGAUGAUAUGAUAACACUUGGCAAUUGAAACAGUCUUUCCGUGUUCCCUUGAGUUAUUUCUGCUGUCACAGAGUGUUCCUCUUUUACUUAGGAUUUUUCAAAUACUGUAUUUUACAGUGUGUGAAAGAACUGUAACAGAAUAAUGUAAUGAUGUUAGAGACUAUGAUUUGCCAUUAAAUAUUAUACAGACA